CCCUAUUUAUAGAUUUCAUUCUCUCUCUCCUUUCUAAUAAGAAACCUCAAAGCUGUGACCGUCAAGUGUGUGUUUUAGGUUUCCACAAUGAAGAAAAAAGGUGGACUAAAGAGAAAGAUUCCGAUUGAGAAACGUGAGACUAACGCACAACGAUCGGUGACUUGCAACAAACGCCGUAAAACAAUCUUCUCUAAAUCCGCCGAUCUUUGUCGUCUCGGCGGUGCAAAUAUCGCCGUCUUUGUAACAUCUCCAGCCGAGAGUUCUGAUGUCGUAUACUCUUUUUCCGGCUACUCUUCUUCGUCUGAGAUUGCUGAUUGCUACUUCAACGGCAAGCCACCUCCCAAGAAGUUUGACCCCCAAGCCAAAUUAGGGUUUUUGUGGGAAGACCCUAAUCUUUAUCGUAACUGUGAUGAUCUCUCGGAGUUGAAUAUCAUAGAGGAUCGUCUUGAGAGAUUGAAGAAGUAUAUAAUGGAAUGUCUUGAGAAGAAAGAAAAACUAGAACUUGGUUCUCUCGACGAGAUUACUUGCGGGUCUGAUCUAAACCCUAACGUUUCUAUCGACCAGAUUUAUGGCAACGCUUCUUCUUCUUCAUAAGUUAAUCAAAACCCUAAAUUUUC